AGUAUAACGCGAACUGUGGUCACGACGCGAACGAACCGAAUUCUGAGAACGUAGAAACCAAUUGUUGACGGAGAUAAAGAAAUUUAAACAGAAAAAGAGUUUCUAAUUAUUUAUCAGUUCUACAAAUACCAUGAGAACUUGAUAUUGUCAAUCUAAGAAAUCGUAUAAACGCACAUUAAUUAAAUUUUCCAUUUAUUUUUUGUUUGGGUGAUUAAGACACACAAUAUGGAAACGGAGGCACUAAAUCGCAAAAAUUCCUCAAGGAAGAGUUCAAUUAUAAAUGGGAAUGGCGGCGAUGCAACAACCAAAUUGACCAAUGGAGAUGCCGAUGGAACUGGGGACGAUAAUGGCGCCGCAGGUGCUGCAGGUGGUGGCGAGGUGACCCUAAAAGCCAAAAUGAGUCUACUCAAUGGUUGCACAGUUAUUGUGGGCUCUAUUAUUGGCUCUGGUAUAUUCGUAUCACCCACUGGAGUGCUUAUGUAUACGGGCAGUGUGAAUCUGGCUCUCAUUGUCUGGGUCAUUUCCGGUCUCUUCUCUAUGGUCGGUGCCUAUUGCUAUGCUGAAUUGGGAACCAUGAUUACGAAAUCAGGAGCUGAUUACGCCUAUAUUAUGGAAACUUUUGGUCCAUUCAUGGCUUUCAUACGUCUCUGGAUUGAGUGCAUGAUUGUGCGUCCCUGUUCUCAGGCCAUUGUUGCUCUCACAUUUAGUACCUAUGUGCUGAAACCCUUUUUCCCCGAAUGUACUCCGCCAGAGGAUGCUGCUCGUCUGCUUGCCGUUUGCUGUAUAUUGGUGCUAACUCUAAUCAACUGUUGGGAUGUAAAAUGGGCCACCGCUGUGCAGGAUAUAUUCACAUAUGCCAAACUACUGGCUCUGUUUAUUAUCAUUGCCACGGGCAUGUAUCAAUUGUAUCUGGGGAAUGUGCAAUACUUUACAUUCGAGAAUACAGAUGCCAAAGUCACCUCCUUGGCCCUGUCAUUCUACUCGGGCCUGUUUGCCUACAAUGGCUGGAAUUACUUAAACUUUAUCAUUGAAGAGCUGAAAGAUCCUGUCAAGAAUCUGCCACGUGCCAUUGCCAUCAGUUGUACCCUGGUUACAGUAGUUUAUGUCAUGGCCAAUGUGUCCUUCUACACCAUUUUGUCGCCAGACGAAGUCCUGGGCUCAUCAGCUGUGGCUGUGACCUAUGCGGAGAGAGCUUUUGGCAUGCUGGCCUGGACCAUACCAGUGUUUGUGGCUUUAUCAACCUUUGGAGCUGUCAAUGGCAUCUUGUUGACCUCUUCACGUCUCUUCUAUGCGGGUGCCAAUGAGGGACAAAUGCCAGAGAUCCUAACCAUGAUACAGAUUCAACGUUUCACACCAACACCAGCUGUUCUAGCCAUGGCUCUGCUCUCGAUGUUGUACCUGACUGUCUCGGAUAUCUUUGCCUUGAUCAACUAUGUGGGCUUUGCCACCUGGUUGAGCAUCGGCGUUGCUGUACUCUGUCUUCCCUGGCUGCGUUGGGCUCAACCGAAUCUACCACGUCCCAUUCGUGUGCCCAUGGUAUUCCCCAUUAUCUAUCUCAUUGCCACAAUAUUUGUGACUGUUGUUCCCAUGUAUGCCAGUCCUGUGGAAACAGGAUAUGGCAUCUUGAUGAUAUUAUCAAGUAUUCCUGUAUAUUUGGUAUUCAUAGCAUGGAAAAAUAAACCAAUUUGGUUCCAAAAAACCAUGGUAAGCCUCACACACUUCCUACAACAAUUGCUUAUGGUACUCGGCAAGCAGGCGAAACCAGCUCAGGUGUAAAAUCAAUUGGAAAGGACCGAACGUUAAGGUGGAAGCCAACAGCAAAUGAAAGCAUUUAAUUAACUAAAACGAAAAAAAGAAACUAAACCAAACGCUUCUGAAAAGCCGCUCUCAAAAAAGUAAUACGAAAAAUUAGAAAACAAAAUACAUAUAUUUUUUAUAUGUAAAUGUUUUAAGUUAAGAGUUUAACGAAAAUGGAGAAACACAAAAGUUUUGGACUUAAGACUGGCAAAAUGAAAAUUAAAAGGAAAAAUUACAAGGAAACAAGUUGUCCAAAACCGAAUGUUUAAAUGAUUUGAUUUGAUCUAGAAUUAUUAUCUAUACAUACAAGCAUUCUACCUUAAAAAUUGUUAUUCCCAUUGUUAAUGCAAUGCCACUUCCAUUUUGGGGACAAAGGUUCACACAUACUCAGACAGUUUUUUAAUUAAUUUAUAUUAAUUUUUAUACUUAAUUUUAUAUUUUAGAUUAUAAAGACAAUUUCAAUUUGACAUAAGAUCUAUAUAAUUUGAAAACUCUAAUCAUCCUCAAUAGAGACCAUCGCCUAAUACACAUAUCCAAACAACAAACAAAUUGUUAAAUAAUUAAUCUUCAUUGCCAACAAAGGAAAUGUUUCGAAUUCCAAUUUCUCUAAUUAAAAGUUGAAAAUUUGUAUAAUUAAGAGAAUAUCGGGUAUGGAAUUUGGGAUAAAUCCUUGUGAAAACUAUUUACGAAACGCAAAUUGUUGUCUAGUUACAAAUUAAAACAUUAAAAUCGAAUUGUUGUAGCAUUUAUUUGAGCAUUGAUUAAUUGUUGCUUUCAGUGUUUGACAAAUUUUAACUUACAGUUAAUAUUAAUUCACAAUUAAUUAUAUUUAAAAUUGUAAAACGCAGCGCACAUGAAAUGAAAGCGAAAAGAAAUUUUAAAUUUCAAAACGCUGUUGAAUCUAAAAUCAUUUCGCUUUCAUUUCAAGUGAUCUGAGUUUCCAUUAAAUCUAUAUAUAGGUACAUAUAUAUAUGAAGCCGCCAACUAUUAUGGAACAUAUUGUUGACAAUAAUAU